CUUUUGCCAACUACACCUCGAUCGCAGAUCGCAAAUCACACCAAGAACCACAUACGAAGUACUCCACAGACACACAAAGUAAUCAUGCCGUACGGUCGCGGCGGCGCGGGAAACUUCUACAAGGCGCAGGAAGAGAGCAAGAAAGCCGCCGAGGACCUGGAAGAAAACCGCACCCAACCCACCACCUCCACGACUGCCACAUCUACCGCCGCCCAAGCCGCACAACCGUACGCGCACACCGGCCGUGGCGGCGCAGGGAACUGGUACGAGCCCGCGACGCUGCAGCAAACGGGCACCUUCACGCAGCCGGACGACGCGACGCGGCUGCCGACGGGCGAGAAGCCGGCUGUGAGCGCGCCGUGGCAUCCCGAGGGGGUGGAGUUGCCUGUUGCGCGCAGCGGGAGGGGGGGUGCGGGGAAUUUUGUGUGGAAGGGGGAGGCGCAUGGGGAGAAGAUGAACGACGGGGAGAAGGAGAGGGAGGAGAUGGUUAGGAGGGGCGUGGAGAGGGAUGUUGAGGCGGGGUUGCAGAGGCCUGGGGCUGCGCGGGUUGGGGGGAAGAGUCAUUGGAGUAUGCUCAUAUGA